AUGAAAAACCUGACGGACAAGUUGCAACACCAGCGAUCGAGCAAAGAGGUCGUCACGGUGAAGGACGUAACGAUAAAAAACUAUGAUAUUAUCGUCAUGACGCAUGAAAACCUAACGGAGUCCACCGAGAGGGCAGCCGCCGCAUCAAAGGGGUCGGUCGAAGCCAUCGAAGCCCUCGACAAUCAGAUCAAGGUAUCGAUAGAAGAGAUGGGCAAGAGCGUGACUGAGAACUUAUGUCGGGCCUUAUCGGAGACGAUGAGGGAGGUGCUGACCAGCGUACUAAAAAGCCGUGACCAGCCGCAGGGACCGGUGCGAGGGGCGGCGGUAACAGCCAGUGCUGAGGAAUCCAGCAACCUCGUCGGCUUGACCACGCCAGCCGAGGACAAGACGGCGGAGCGGCAGCUGGUGGGAGUCGUCGCUGGCGGCGACCUCAACCCGACCGGGGCGGCUACAGGUGCGGCUAGAGACGAGAAAGAGGAGGAGGGCCUAGUGUUUAGCGGGCCGGGCCUGCUGCCAGCCCCGACGGCCUAG